AUGCCACCGAAAACUAAAAGUAAGUCUCGAAGACUGCCAUAAUCUUCAAAUAUCAACUGUUGCAGGAGCGAGUCCAAGUCCGAAUGCGAAAAAAAGACCAGGGACGGCCAGAAAGCGCCCGAGUCAGACGGUAAAUGAAAGGAGAGACUCUAGACUCUUGCAAAGAUCGCAUUCUACAGAAUCUGGUCGCUUCGCCCGACAACACCCUUCUCAAGACCAAAAAGGAUGCGAGUGUCAUGCAAUCGAUCGAGCUGGACGCCCCCGAUCUUCCGCCCGCCAACCAAAAGCGCUCACUCGCUGGUCCGUCGCAAAUGCAGAGUGGACAAGUGCAGAAGCCGAAGGAGCUGAUGAAGACGAUGAUGCUUCCGCCUCCGCCUGUCCCAACAACAGCCAAUGCUCCCGCAACCGAAUCCGACGGCACAGUACGGCCAGAUUCCAGGAUCCGCUCCUGCUCAAGUGGCACAGAUGGCGGCAGUGACGAAUCCGCCGCCGAUGCCUCCUGCAGAAUCAUUGGGUGUUCCGGUCAAGAAAGAGAGGCAGAGUAGAGAGAAGGACGAAGUGUCGAUGGAUGGCGGUGAAGCGUCUGAAAAGAGGUGAGGAAUCCGUCAAUCCUGGAAGAUUUCCAAUGCGCUUGUUUAGAAAAAAAGCGGAAGCCAUCAACCUGUGGAUCCGUCUGGUUCUGGCGAACGGAGUGGAGGGCCUGAAAAAAGAGUACCGCGAUUCCGCAAACGACGCGCCGAUGGACAGAGCUGUAGCGUUCGGUGACAAUCCAACACGAAACCGCUACAACAACAUUCCGUGUUGCGAUACGACGAGAGUGAAGUUGCCCGACGACCCGCACUUCUACUUGCACGCGAACCUCGUCAGUUCGGGUCCGAACCCGCGUCGCUUCGUUUGUACGCAAGCGCCUCUUGUCGGGACCAUCGAGGAGUUCUGGAAAAUGGUCAUUGUCUCCGUACGGCCAGACAUUCUCCAUUUCUUCUCACUGUUUCAAUUCAGGGUCUCGAGUACAUUGUGAUGCUCUGUGAGCUCGUCGAGAAGGGAAAGCCCAAGAGUGCGGAGUACUUUCCGAUCAAAUUGGGCGACUGCAUGAAGAUCGGGAGACUGUGCACCAUCACCAAGGAGUCGAGCGUUGACGUAAGAGUCUUGUGGGGGUGUAAAGUGGGAAGAGUUAAAUGAUUUCAGCUUGACAAAAACCUGCAAAUGUCAACGAUGCGCAUCUCAAAGUACGGAGAUUCGGCGGUGGCGAUGGCCGUGAAGCACAUCCAUUGGCGCAACUGGCCCGAUCACGGAGUGCCCGACAACUUCCUGACGCCGUUCCGUCUGCUCAGCACUUUCAAGAACAGUGCGAAGCCGAUUGUGGUCCAUUGUUCGGCGGGGGUCGGAAGAACGGGCACACUGGUGCUCAUUCUGAUCAUUCUGGAAGUGAGUGUGUCCAUUGGAGACGGUUCAUUUAACCCAAGUUGCAGUCUCUCCGCCUCGCCGACUUCAUUGGAGUUCCUCGCCUUCUCACCAAACUCCGCGAGGAACGAUUCAAAUCGAUUCAGACGGAAAUGCAGUAUCUCUACGUUCAUCGAUGCAUUCUCGAGUACUUGAUGCUAAAAAAGUACGCGGUGCCAAAGGACGAAUUCGCAAAGUUCUCGAAAGAGUACGACGCGGCGGUGGAGAAGUGCGAGAAGGCCGGCGUAGGCGGAGGAUGA